AUGACUCAGAAUAGUGGUGUACCUGACUUUGCGGAAUCGGAGAGCCAUGCUGAUGGAGAUGCUUGCAACAUCAACGAUGAAUCAACCCAAUCAAUGCCAGGAGCCAACACUGCUGGCUUCGAAACCAUGGUUCUCGACCAGUUGGCGAAGAUUCAGAAUCAAAACGAGACUUUGAAACUGCGAAUGCAGCAAAUGGAGGAGGAUCAGCAAGAACUCUACCUCGACACUUGCAAGAAGCUAGAAAGAUGUCUGAGAAGUUCCAAUCAAGGUUUUGAUGAAGUGAAUCGUAUGAAAGAGGUCUUCAAAGAGAUUGUGGCCAUCAUGAGUGGUGAAAGGGUACGGUUUUUAGAUCAUUCCGACGAAAAUGUUACCACACAAGACGCAGCGACCAUCGCUAAUUCUCAAUCGUCCACUUCCGACCUUGAGACCAUCCAUCGUAUGCAGCAGGCUGCAACGAGACCCGAAGGAAGAGGCAGGAAUCAUUUGGGUCAGGUCAUCAAACAGGAGAAUGGUCAACUGUGGCAACGACUCAAUUAUCCCGAUUUCACAGCUCCGAAUGCACCAGUGGUGAAUCUAAGAAUAAACGAAAAUGGUGAUGCGGAUGUUGACGAGGACGAAAGUUUCAGCGAUAGAGCUGCCCAUUAUCGUCUCAAUCGGCUUCUUAAAACCGUGCAAGAUCUAGCAAGAGAAUACUUCGAAGGUCUUCAAGGACAACCUUCUGUAGUAGCAUUGGAACGACGAUUUGGGCCAAGCUGGCGAUGCAAGAGCUCUGAGAGAUCUUUCUUCGCGAAAAGAAUGCAUAUCAUACAGAAGAUAAUCGAUGUCAAAGACAAUCCAGACAGAUAUGGGCUUCCGGCCGACAUGUCCUUGAAAAAGGCCACUCGUGUUGUGGAAAAUAUGCGACUGGGAAACAACUUAUACCAAGGGCAGUCAACGCGAAUGACUCUAAACCAAUUGUACAUGUACUUGGCCAAAAAAAUGGACAGGCCAGAAGACUACAGCUUGCAAUUGCGAAAUUUCGCAAGACCUCGAAGGGUCCAGCUGUUUGAAAAACGACACGGUGAACACCAGGAGGUUGAGGGGUCUCAUGAUUAUCAAGACGGAGAGGUCGAUUGUGAUAGAGAGGAAUAA